CCGCUAUGACGUGUUUGCUGUUUCCGCUCAACCCGGAAGUUUUAAAACUGCGGAACGUGUUGGGCGCGUGCUGUUCCCAAAGUUGCUAAAUGUGAGCAUCUCCAUGUCUGUGCUGUGAUUGGCCGGUGCGUCCCAGUUUGUGCUGUGAUUGGCUGGUGGGUCCCAGUCUGUGCUGUGAUUGGCUGUGAUGUCAGGUCCGGAGCUGCUGCUGGACUCCAGCAUCCGGGUCUGGGUGGUGCUGCCCAUCGUCUUCAUCACCUUCUUCGUGGGAGUCAUCCGUCACUACGUCACGCAGCUGCUGCACAGCGACAAGAAGGUCGACCUGGAGGCGCUUUCUGACAGCCAGGUGCUCCUGCGCAGCCGCAUCCUCCGAGAGAACGGGAAGUACAUCCCCCGACAGUCCUUCGCCAUGAGGAAACAUUACUUCAACAACGCAGAGACCGGCUUCUUCAAGAGGGUCAAGAGGAAGGUCGUCCCCAAGAACCCCAUGACAGACACCAGCAUGUUGACUGACAUGAUGAAGGGAAACCUGACCAACGUCCUGCCGAUGAUUGUGAUUGGUGGAUGGAUCAACUGGGCCUUCUCUGGAUUCGUCAUCACCAAGGUGCCGUUCCCUCUGACGCUGAGGUUCAAACCCAUGUUACAGAGAGGCAUCGACCUGCUGUCACUGGAUGCUUCCUGGGUGAGCUCAGCGUCCUGGUACUUCCUCAACGUGUUUGGGCUACGUAGCAUGUACAGCCUGAUCCUGGGUCAGGACAACGCUGCCGACCAAUCACGGAUCAUGCAGGACCAGAUGACGGGCGCUGCCAUGGCGAUGCCCCCCGACCCCAACAAGGCUUUCAAGAGUGAGUGGGAGGCGCUGGAGAUCGUGGAACAUAAGUGGGCGUUGGAGACGGUGGAGGACGACCUCAUGUCCUCAGAUCUCAACUUUGGGACGUUGUUCAGCCGGGACAUCAAGUCGGCCGCCAUGUUUUAGAUUGCUCCGGAUACACUCGGCGCCCAAAACCUAACGUCAGACGCCUAGCCACUUUAUUUAUUAUAAACAUAUAUAUUCACUUCCUGCCUUUUCUGAGCCUCUAGAUUCUGAUUCCCAUGUUAGACGUGUAGAUGGAAUAUAAUAUUAAUAAAGUAUUAAAGUAUAUAUUAAAUAUUAAUGAAGUAGCGAUGAGGAGGAACACGCUGACAUCACACACGCCUUUCUCUCGCCGUCUCCAACCUGCUGGACAUUCGUCUCGGACAUCUUUUCAGGUUUUUGUCGUUGUUUUUGACUGCAGCUGUGACGGUAGAAGUCCCGUCUAACGAGCUGACGUCACAUAUAAAUGAGUGAUGAUGAGUCCUGGCUCUGAGGUUAUGGACGUUAGCGUUAGCGUAGAAGAACAGCUUUAGCUUUUGGGUGUCGGGUGUUCCAGGGGCGCUGCAGCGUUCAAAGACGGCUGGGACAUUCCAACGCCAGCAGGAACCUUUGCAUGUCACUUUACUACCCUGUGGUCGUCUGGCUGUUACCACGGCGACAGGAAGUGAGUCAGCAGUUUGAUAAAGUUGAAUAACAGGAAGUGAGUCAGCAGUUUGAUAACGUUGAAUAAAGGUGACGUCCUGAC